UUCUUCUCACGCGCUUCAAACGGUGCAGCAGUAAUUUUUUACCACAGCUAGCGUCGGUCUUGUCAUUGAAUAGUUUUAGGGAAUUCAAGUCAAAAAUGACUGAAAAGAAAAGAAUCUGUAUAGUUGGAUCUGGAAAUUGGGGGUCAGCUAUUGCUAAAGUGGUAGGAAACAAUGUACAAAAGUUGGAUGAUUUUGAGACAGAGAUUAAGAUGUGGGUGUUUGAGGAGGAUGUUAAUGGUAGAAAACUUACAGAAAUCAUUAACACAGAUCAUGAAAAUGUUAAAUACCUGCCAGGACAUAAAAUACCAACAAAUGUGAUAGCUGUUCCAGAUCUUGUUGAGUCAGCAAAAGAUGCAGAUAUUUUCAUAUUUGUGAUACCACAUCAGUUCUUGCCAAGAGUUUGUUCACAACUAAAGGGAACAAUUAAAAAAUCAGCCUUAGGUGUUUCAUUAAUUAAGGGAUUUUCAAUGAAAGAAGGUGGUGGAAUUGCUCUUAUAUCAGAAGAAGUAGUAAAUACAUUAGAGAUACCCUGUGCUGUAUUAAUGGGUGCCAAUAUUGCAAAUGAAGUUGCGUCAGAAAAUUAUUGUGAAGCCACAAUAGGUAUUAAAGAUAAGUCUCAGGGAUUAUUAUUGAAGAAAAUGUUUCAAGCAGAUUAUUUCCGUAUAGUUGUCUGUGAAGAUGAGGAUACUGUAGAACUUUGUGGAGCAUUAAAGAACAUAGUAGCAACAGGAGCAGGUUUUGCUGACGGUUUAGGGUAUGGUGAUAACACAAAGGCAGCUGUGAUUCGUCUAGGUCUUAUGGAAAUGGUGAAAUUCUGUGAAGCUUUCUGGCAUGGAUCCACACAGAGUACAUUUUUAGAGAGUUGUGGUGUAGCUGAUUUAGUAACUACUUGUUAUGCAGGCAGAAAUAGGAGAGUAGCAGCUGCUUUUGUUAAAGCAGGAAAGACAAUCGAGCAGUUAGAACAAGAGAUGCUCAAUGGACAGAAAUUACAAGGUCCACCUACAGCAGAGGAGGUUAACUUUAUGUUAAAGAGCAAAAAUAUGGAAGAUAAAUUCCCAAUGUUUACUGCCGUUCAUAAAAUAUGCAAGGGUGACUUGCCAGUAGAGGAAUUUAUCAACUGUUUAAAGAACCAUCCAGAGCAUAUGUAAAAACAGCAAACAGAAACACACACUUUCUUAUAGUUAAAUUUAUAUAAUUGUUGUUCUGUUAUUAGACAACCAGUUUUUUAGCAAUUGAUUUUAUGAUGAUUUUAUUUAUAUUUAGUAGUCAAGAGAUGUAUUAUGUUAAAGAGUUUAGUAAAUGUAGCCCUGAAUACCUGAAGUUAUGCUAGUCUGUAUCAUUUUUAUUUGAAUUGUAGUUCUUGCUCUUUUCAGUAGUAUUACAUAAGUUCUUAAAAUGUUUGUCACUUUUACACAAAACAUUAAAGGUCAUAGUGCACAUUUUUGUUAAGAAUGAAAAACACUUGUCUUAAGUGUUGUGAGUAUUUUGUUCAUAUCACUGUGAACUGAUCAUACAAUCUUAAUGGAUGUGUGGGACCACUGUGCCUUAACCCAUACCACGCCAACUAUCUAAAAAGUACUUGUUUAUCUUUUAAUCUGGGCAAAACCAUUUGUUUGUUUUUAGUGGAAAAUUUCAAGAUAUGUAUACUGAAUGAAUAGUGAACAAUGCAUACCUUGAUUAGACAAACAAUCUUUGUCUGCACUAGUUGCAUGGGUAGAAUCAGUUGCUGCUACCAGGCUAAAAGUUGGUGUAUAAAAAGAUGUUUUUGAUAUGCAAUUCUAUACAUUCUUCAUUGCAAACUGACAAAAGUCUUAUGUUUUAAAGUUAUAUUUAUCAUGUAUCAUUCAUAUAUAUACAUGUAUAGAUAAAUCAAAUUUGAUAUAAGCGCAUAUUUUACGUUUAAACUUUCAGAAAUAUUGCUAUAUAGAAUGGGCCACGUUUUGCUUAAGUUUCUAAUUUUUUAUUAAGCAAUAUAUGUUUGUGCUCAGGGAAUUAAACAAGAACCACAGUCAUAUGCGUCUGGUUCUUAUCAUCUUAUCGUGAAUUCUACUGAAAUUGUUAUUAUAACAACUUU